AUGAAAGAACAUGAGACGAUCACUGAAAUGAUCACAAGAUUCACCGACAUCACCAACUCUCUAAUUGGUCUUGGAAAAGGGUACACACAAUUAGAAAUGGUGAGAAAAGUUCUUCGUGCACUAACACCGGAAUGGGAGAAAAAGAAAAUAGCAAUUGAAGAAGCCAAUAAUCUCUCAACACUUACCUUAGAAGAUCUUAUUAGGAAUUUAAUGGCAUAUGAAGUGCAACUUAAAGAUAGAAGGGACAGAGAACAACUAGAGAAGAAAAUCAUUACUUUAAAUGCAUCUUACGACAAUAAUGAAUCGGAUGAAGAUGAUGAAGAUAUUGAUGCUCUCUCAAGAAAAUUCAAAAAGUUUCUUAUCCAAAGGCAUCAGUGCAAGGGAAAACAUCUAUUCAUUCUGGAGGGCAUCAUUGAAGGAGGUUCAGUUGAGGAAGAGAAAGGUGAUGUUAGUAGGGAUGAACAAGAAGAUUUAGCCAUUGAACUGGCUGAAAGUUUGGUAAAGAGAGCCCCAUCCAUUUCAGUACAAUCUCUUAGUGGAAUCUCAGCUUCUCAUACAAUUAGAGUUGUGGGAUAUUACAAAAACCAAGAUAUCAAUAUCUUAAUAGAUUCUGGUUCCACUCACAAUUUUAUCAAUGCCAAAUUGGUCAAGAGACGAGGGCAAUUUGUGACGGAAUACAACAAUUUUGAUGUUCUUGUGGCCAGUGGAGAACUCAUCAAAGGAGCUGGGUUAUGCAGCGUUAGCUUACAGGAAUCUACUACAGGGACUAAUCUUGAAGGAUUACCUGAUGGCAUGCACAAGUUGAUACAAGAAUUUGAUGUUAUCUUCCAAGAGCUGCCACAUCUUCCUCCUACCAGAGAAAUUGAUCAUCAAAUUCCCUUAGAAGCUGGAACCAAGCCAGUUUGUAUCAGGCCUUACAGACAUGCACACUUCUUGAAGCAAGAGAUAGAAAAACAGAUUGAAGAAAUGUUAAAAAAGGGAAUUAUUAGACCUAGUCAUGGCCCUUUAUCUUCACCAGUAGUGAUGCCCCUAACACAGCUGUUGAAGAAGAGAAAUUUCACCUGGAAUAUACAUGCUGAGGAUGCUUUCAAAAGUCUUAAACUUUCCCUCACUAAUGCCCUAGUUUUAGCUAUGUCUGAUUUCAAUAUUACAAUUGUGAUAGAAUGUGAUGCAUCUGGCAAUGGUGUUGGAGCUGUGUUGAUGCAAAGAGAGAGACCUAUUGCUUAUUUCAGAUUUGCUUUGAAGGGGAAGAAUGCCACAUUAUCUACGUAUGAAAAGGAGCUACUAGCUAUAAUCCUAUCUACUAAGAGGUUGAAUAAAGCUGCGGAUGGAUUAUCAAGGAUUCAUGAAAGUGACAUAGGAAUCUCAGCUAUAUCUACUAUCAAAAGUAAUUGGAUAGAGGAUAUCAAGCACAUGACAUUGCAUAGAUUGAGGAGGGUUUUCUACUGGAAAGGGAUGAAAGGUGAUGUCCAGAAGUAUAUUCAAGCUUGUGAUGUUUGCCAAAGAACAAAAGGGGAGAAUGUAGCAUCACUAGGACUCUUACAACCCCUGCCUAUUCCAGAUUAUGUAUGGGAAGAUUUUUCAAUGGAUUUCAUCACUAAUUUGCCCAAAAGUGAGGUGUUCAAGCUCCAUGGAAUGCCUAGAUCCAUAGUCAGUGACAGGGAUCUUGUGUUCACCAAAUGGGGUAAAUGGUUUCCCCUUGCUGAAUUUUGGUAUAACACUACAUGGAAGGUCUCUACUAACACUACACCCUUUGAGGCUGUGUAUGGUAGACCUCCUCCCUCCUUGCUCUCUUAUAUUCCUAAGAGUUGUAAAGUGGAAUCUGUGGAUGAAGCUCUUUUUUCUAAGGAUAUAGUCGUACAAUUUAUAAAGGAUAGUUUGAAGAAAGCAAGUGCACAAAUGAAAAAAUUUCCUGACAAACAUAGGAGUCACAGAGACUUUGAGGUUGGUGAUAUGGUCUUCCUUAAGCUUCAGCCCUACAGGAAACUUUGUGUUUCUUCUUACAAGACUCAUAAACUUUCUCCAAAAUACUAUGGGCCUUAUCAGGUCUUGGAAAAAAUUGGGGAGGUUGCCUACAGAUUGGAUCUUCCAGCCCAUGCACAGAUUCAUCCAGUCUUCCAUAUUUCUCAGUUCAAAAAAAGGAUAGGUUCUGAUAUUAUACUUCAGAAUGAUUUUACCAAUUAUGUUAUAGAGUUGGUGGAUGAACAGGAAGAGAUUGUUGACAGGCGAUCAAUUGUCAAAUAA